AUGUGGAAACACUAUACAUCAUGCGUGAAGAGGUUUGAAGCAAACAAGUCUCAGACUGUGAUUAACCCGGAUGAGUCGGGAUCCUUGGUAAGCUGGAAAUUCAACCAAGACCGUGUAAGGGAAGCAUUGGUUAAGAUGCUUAUACUUGAUGAGCUGCCUUUAAGAUGUGUUGAGCGAGAAGGGUUUAUUCUAUUUAUGAAAGAAGCUCAACCAUUGUUCAAGAUCCCGAGCAGACAUGCAAUUAGGGAGGAUAUUGUGAAGAUGUACUUGACACAAAAGACAUAUUUGAGGAAUUUCUUUGGGUUGAAAGGCUUGGGAAGGAUCUAUAGUCAUAAGGGUGACGAUCUUGCCUCUGCAAUCACCACUAUUGUUGACGAUUGGGGGUUGAAUAGACUAUUUCGUUGCACCUUAGACAAUGCUGUCACCAAUGAUCAUGCAAUUAAAGGGAUAAUGACAAGGUUUGUAGAGAGGAACAUGCUUCUUGCCGGUGGCCAGUAUUUCCACCUCCGAUGUGUAGGACACAUACUCAAUCUUGUUGUUGACGAGGGAUUAGCGGAGAUAGGUGUGUCGGUUAGACGAGUUAGGGAAGUCGUCAAGUGGAUAAAGGCUUCGCCAGCUAGAUCAGAUAAAUUCAAGGAAACUGCAAAGUUAUAUAAGGUUGAAACUUCAAAGUUUUUGUGUUUGGAUGUGCCCACUAGGUGGAACUCGACAUACCUUAUGCUAGAGUCAGCAUUGUCGUAUGCGCCGGUUAUGGCUAUCUUUGAGAGAGUGAACCCAGCCUUUGUACGAGAUUUGAAGCAGAAGACAUACAAUAAGAUACCCAUUGGUGUGCCGGAGGAGCUCGAUUGGCAUGAAGUAAGGAGGAUGUGUGGUUAUCUAAAAAAGUUCCACAAGUUGACAGAAGAGGUCUCUGCCACCACAUAUCCUACAUCUCAUACAUUUUUCAAGGAAAUGUGUGGUAUCUUCACUGUUAUCAGGCGCUUAGAGGGACAUGAGAAUGAAGAUAUAAAGAGAAUGGCCAUAAGCAUGAAGUCGAAGUUGGGAAAGUACUGGUUAGAGGACAAAGAGCUAAACCCGAGAAUGAACAAGAUAAUGUAUAUUGCAGCGAUGUUAGAUCCACGACAGAAGAUGAAACAUGUGCAGUUAUGUUUGAAAACAGUGUAUGGGGAUCGUCGGGCAGCGGAGUUGGUGGAAAUGUUAAAAAAGUCAAUGUAUGACUAG